UGUCAGUAUUUUAGUGCGGAAGCUGGACGCUGUGUGGUACCAGAAUCCUUUGCGCCGAGUCGUCAUGGCGUCUUACUGUUGAUCAGAAAUUAUUUGCUGUUGUGGAGCAAGAUUACGCCAAGAACCAGCGAUAAAUGCUGAAGUACUCAAGGAGACUUUGAUUUUCACAAAAUUCGAAGUCGGUCAUCAGAAAAGGCAAAAUGACCACGCAGUAUAGCAUACUGUUCAAGCAAGAACACGCUCACGAUGACGCCAUCUGGACCUCAGCCUGGGGUCAAAAUGAAAAGGACCGCACGGAGACUAUCAUCACUGGGUCGCUGGAUGAUACUGUCAAAGUGUGGAAAUGGUCAGAGGAGAAACUGGAACUCCAGUGGACCCUGGAGAACCACCAGCUGGGCGUGGUGUCCGUGGACAUCAGCCACAACGGCGCCCUUGCAGCCUCCAGCUCAUUGGACGCCAACAUUCGACUCUGGGACCUGGAGUCCGGGAAACAGAUCAAAUCCAUGGAUGCGGGGCCAGUGGAUGCCUGGACCGUGGCAUUCUCUCCAGACUCCAGAUACAUCGCCACCGGCAGCCACCUGGGCAAGGUCAACAUCUUCGGUGUGGAGACCGGGAAGAAGGAGCACUCCUUGGACACUCGGGGGAAAUUCAUCCUGAGCAUCGCUUACAGUCCUGAUGGAAAGUAUUUGGCCAGUGGAGCUAUCGAUGGAAUCAUUAAUAUUUUUGAUAUUGCAACUGGGAAACUUCUCCACACGCUGGAAGGUCACGCCAUGCCCAUACGGUCACUGACGUUCUCGCCAGAUUCCCAGCUCCUGGUGACGGCCUCAGACGAUGGCUACAUCAAGAUUUACGACGUGCAGCACGCCAACCUGGCUGGAACGCUGAGUGGGCACGGGUCCUGGGUGCUGAACGUGGCCUUCUCCCCCGACCACACGCACUUCGUCUCCAGUUCCUCUGAUAAGAGUGUGAAGGUUUGGGAUGCCAGCUCCAGGACCUGUGUGAACACCUUCUUUGACCAUCAGGACCAGGUGUGGAGUGUUAAAUACAAUGUGGACGGCUCCAAGAUCGUGUCUGCAGGAGACGACCGCGCCAUCCACAUUUACGACUGUCCGAUGUGAGCUUGCGCACACCGCGGAUAUCACCCGGCCAUCAUCCCGCCUGCAUCCAGUAGGAGCUCUAUUCACGGGUGCUCUGAGACUUCUGGGACAUCUUGCAACAGAUCACCCGUAUCUGACGGAGAAAGGGACCCCCCCACCCCCCACAAUUUACUUUUCUGUUGUUUUUGCGUUUUGUUUCUGGCUGUGAAUAGGGUACACCAUCGCGUCCAAAUAAAUGUUUUCAAACCCUU